AGGCACUGCCGGCAUCAUGCGGCAGGCGUUGCGGCAAACACAGCGCCGAACGGCAGGGGUCGGCAGGGGGUCGGCAGUUAACGGCAUGAGUGCGGCACUGGAGAUGCCUGGUCGGCAUGAGUGCGGCACCUGGUCGGUUCAUUGGAAAUUUUGCGAUGUAUGAUGGGACAUGACCUUCUCUAAGGACUGCGGUAGGACUGAAGUGAAGGCUAAGCGAAUUAAGCCUACCCAUCACCGCAGCUGAACAUUUUUGACCCUUUUGCAGAUUAUGUUCUACGUCAUUGAUGCUGUUUGUGCCUCUCACAUGAUGUCCAGUGGCUUGAGGGCGAGUCCUGACAGUCUGCCCUGCCUUAAGGCCUUUGACAGCCUUUUCCCUGGCGUGGGCUAAGCAGUCUCUCUUUCGAGCGGCGGCGUCAAUCACCUAUUGGAGUACUCCACACCUGGGGACUUUUGUAACGGCGCAAGUUUUGGUGGGGAUUGCUUGAGAGUGGGGUUCAAUUUUAGUGAGAGGGAGAAACGGUGUCCACUUCUCAGGAGCAUUGCGAGCAUAACCAGCAAAGAAGCAGGGGACUUGUACAAAACCCAAGAGGGCCCCUUCAUCAGAAGAGAAGCCGGCGAUUCGGAGCAAUCUGCUUCUCGCAUCAGCCAAUCAAAUUUGGGUGGAUUCAAGGGAAUGUCGUCGCAUGUGGAGGAGUUUGGCAACGCACUGCAGCCCGUGAUGAGUCAAGCUGUGCUCGAGACCUGGGACGCUUGGUUUUCGCGCCUGAAGGCCGGUGGUUGCCAGGAGAGGGGGUCAGAAUUGCCUGGCGUUGGAGGGGGGGAUUCCAACAAUGCUCGGCCAAAGGCGCUGGGUUCUCAAGGAGGGGGCGCAGAAGUGCUCAGCAGGGGAGCGGGGGACUUUGGAAACGGGGGCGUUAAAGGUAUUCCUGAAGGGUACCAGGGGCCGUUUUACACCAUGGGGAUGGGGAAGAAAGUUGCCUGCGUGGGAGGCAUUCACACCAGCGGAGGGGCAGAGUGUGAAAAGGCUGCCUCUCAAGGCGAGUCAACAGCGACACAUGGAGGGGUCUUGGAGCCAGACUCCGCUUCGGACUCGGACGUCCUAGUAAAGUUGCGCACGGGCAAGAAUCGCACCAAAUGGGCUAAGGAAGAAGACGCGAUUUUGGCGGCGUUUGUCGGGGGAUCCCCCGAGACGACCGACUGGGAGGCAGCCGCACGUGCGCUGCUCGGCAAACGGUCCGCCAAAAAGUGCCGACACCGGUGGCGCACCGCGCUCGACCCGCAACUGGCCUCGCGGAAAUGGACGCCCGAAGAGGAGCACGAUUUGCGGGCGUUACACCAGGAGCAUGGUAACAGAUGGGCGGCUAUCGCGGAGAAGUUGCCAGGACGAAGCCAGGCCGCGAUCAAAGCGCACUGGAAAGAGAUCACCGCUGCCAAGAAGGCGGCAAUGACGACGUCCCCGGCCGUUUGCUCGGUGAAGAAAGCAGUCAGUGCGGAAAGCGGACCGCCGCCGGAACGACCCCAAGCGCUCCCGCCGGUAAAACCGAGCCCCGCUGAAAAAGUACUGCCAAGACUGGCAGACGGCCCGAUGAAUCCUACCGCGGAGUUGCGGUUUCAUUCAGCGUGGGCCCGGUCAUUGGCAGCGGAAUGGAGGCGGAAUCCGCCGGCAACCUUGGGUCGAUCACCGACCGACCCCCUCGACUGGUCAAAAGGUGCGGGAGCCGCUUUUCCGUACGGGCAGGGGGGGGUUUUCCAAGUCGAGGUGACCCCCCAGAACCUGGGGGUUGACGCUCCCUCUUUCGCGAGCCCCGGAUCUGAAGACCGAAAUGCGGAUCUUCGGGGACUUUUUGCCAAAAGUCUUAGACCUCUAAGCCCUCGAAACUCGACCUCACAACUCCUCACCUCUCAGCUCUCGGAUCUCGAACCCCUGGAUUUCGAUAGGGUUAUUCCUAAACCCGUAACCCCCCGUCGCUCCUUGAGCGUUCCUCUGGCUCCCCACUCUGCCCCGACUAUUGUCACGAUCCCGGUUCGAAUGGCAACAAGCCUGGACACGUCAUCCGCCGGUUGGUACCGGGACUCCCGGCGCGAACCGCUUCUCGCCCCGGAAAGGCCCUCGGCCGACCACGCUUUUCAGACGGCCCCAUUCCCCGAGCCAAUUCCGCACGCGAUCCGCACGGCGUUCCGCGGAAUGCAGCCCCCUUCCGCUGCUGCGUCAGCGGAAGCUGCUGCGAUAACGUCAGGGUUUGGCCUGAGGAUGACAUCAGCAGCAGUCGCCGUAAAUCCGCGCGAGCAGGCUGGUGUGCGGAAGCGGAAGCGGGCGUCGGGGGGAUCUCCCGGGCGCUGUGCUACCGAAACGAGGAACGGAACGGAGCGGAACAAGAGCUCCGGAAUGCUUCUCGCCUCGGGGGGUCCCGCUCAGCGCGCAAUGUACCCCCCGGGAACGAACGACGCGAUCCUAUGCGCCCUGCUGAGUGACCACCUCCGGUCGCUUGUGGAGGAGCAAGGGGCGGACUUGGAGCUGGGUUGUAAAAAACCCGGGGGUUCUACCCCCCCGGAUGUGUUCCGAUUGCGGGAGCAGCACUCCCAAAUGCGCUCCAUAGUCCAAUUCCUGCAAACGCUGAUCGGGGGAUCCGCGGCGGGGGGGCUGCUUGCGAAGCAAGAGACGCAGCUGGAAGCCCCCCGAAACGAGAAACUGUCUCUGCCGCCUGAGUCUGGGAGCGAAACGAGGAAUGUCUACCCGGAUGGUGUGAAUACGCGCAAAACGUUGGUGGAAUUGAGCAGAGCUCAUGACGAGUCAGAGAUCACUUCGUGCCUCUUGACGCUGGAGCGUCUCUCGGGGAAUGGCACCGGGGCAGGAGUCGCUUAUGUUCCGGUCGAGAGGGGGAGCGGAAUCCGCUCGGAAUUGUGA